AUGUCAUGGUCGGAGUGCCAGGUCGUUCGAAAGCUUGCCAUACCUGCAAGAGUCUGUGAUCAGCUUCGCCCCUGGUGUCGCCGAUGCACCCGGGCUGGACUCAGCUGUGGUGGCUAUGAAAGGCCUCCAAUAUUCGUCAACAGGACCCAAGAUGGCCACAGCGCUCUGCCGUCUAGAUCGUAUUCUCCCCCACGUGCCUUGGACCAGAUUGCGGUAUCAACGCCUUUACUUGACCUAUCACUCGAACGCACAGCAGCGGAGUCGAGGUACCUGUUUCUCUACUGGCGCUUCCUCCUCCCCAAUAAUGGACAGAUGUUCUCUCUGCAGGCCACUAGGCAUUCGACUACGGGGUGGAUACAAGUCGUGCAAGACUUGGCCAAAAACGAUAAGGGCGUUCGUGCUGGGCUUCUCGCCAACGCACUGGCGUUGGUUGGGCAGCAAAUGAAACAGUUAUCUGUCGUUAUGGAGGCAUUUCAUAUGUACUCCAAGGCGCUGCAGAUCCUGGCUCGGUGUUUGCCGCAUAUCAAACAGGAACAGACGACAGAAGAACCUAGGCUAAUGACAUCUGCGCUUCUCGCAGCAUUUGAGUUACUUCAAGUAUCUAAUGGCCGUCAAUCUUGCCUCCACGGAAUAACCUGGCUUCGUCACUCGACAGGACAAAAAGCCAUUAUCCUUGCCAGAGGUCCAGAGAGCUACAAAGAAGGCAUUGCUCACCAGCUAUUUGCAGACGGUCGCCUACAUCUGAUUUAUCCUGAAAUUCAUAACCGUAAACGGUCGGCCUUUGACACCCAAGGGUGGAAGUCCAUACCAUGGUCCACGGUACCAAAGACUCCGAAGGACGAGUUGGUGGACAUACUUCUGGAGAUUCCUGGUCUCCUGGAAGACCUUGAGCGAGAACCUGCUGAUGCCACACAGCAGGAGUCAUUGCAUAAGCAGCUGCAGGAAAGAUGCCGAAUUUGCCGCGAAGAUCUACGCAACUGGUGCAAUUCUCUCGGCGAUGCUAGUGUCAGCUUCGCCGAAGGGUUGAUAUCGAUCCCUGCAACCCAGGAUUCCUCUCUGUCCCCAAAAGACUUUGCCAUGGCUCAUUUGGGCAUGAUCUACUGGGCGACUUGCAGCCUCCUGUACCAAAUCAUGGCCGAUGACACUACGGCUUGGCUGUACUGCCGUAAAGUCUUGCUCAUGGUUCCCUUCUUUCAGAGGCCUGAUAUGGGGGCCAUCUUCAUCAACUUUGUGGGGUUUCCGGUUAGUGUGGUCGUAAGCUUUGUCGCAAGACAAGAACAUGCUGCCUUUGAGACGUCGAAAGAGUUACUCUACAGGAUAUUUACGGACCCAAGUCACGGCAGCCAGCUACGAGCAUUCUUUGAGACGUGGCCGUGGCAGAGCGCUAAUGAGACACGAGUGGUCAUGAAUAGAGCGAAACCAAGAACUAAAUAACUUACUCACGCGCGA